AAUUUUUGUGACAACAAUCGACUAGAACGGAGAUUAUAAUCCACCGCCCAAGCUAGAAUGCCGGAAACGAAACCCAAGACGCACUGCCGACCCAGCAAUGGCCUCGACCAGACGGAGGAGUCCGACACUCGUCUGGCUGCCAAUCUGGUCACCCAAAGGAACCUCCAAUUGCACCCACGUCCACAGCACCCACGCCCACAGCGAGCUCGUCGAGAUGCCACCGGCUUUACGUCCAACCAGGAGGUGCGGCUAAAAGCCGGCGACAUGCGCAUGGCCCGGCUGCAGAUCAGUCUCUCCCAGCUGCGAACCGCAAUGGAGGAGUCGGGCAAGCAGCUGAAGGACCUCUGCCAGCAGGUGCGGUUGAAUGUGGAUGCUGAGUGAAGGGUCCUGGCUGAAGAAUUCCUUUGCAAAUGCAUAAUCAUUCGGUUUAGGUGGUGCCAAAUUCAAGUGCUAACGAUGAAAUAAAGAUAAAAAGAAAUAAUGUACAU